AUGCUAGGAUAUCCAGCACAUUUCGGUCAGAUGGAGUGUAUGAAACUUGUUGCGCAACCACGUUUCACCGACAAGCGGAUAGGUUACCUCGGUGCAAUGUUAUUGCUUGAUGAACGAUCGGAAGUGCAUUUGCUCGUCACUAAUUCACUUAAAAAUGAUCUAAACGCGUCCACACAAUUCGUAACGGGACUCGCUUUGUGCACUCUUGGCUCCAUAUGCUCCUCAGAAAUGUGCCGUGACUUGGCGAAUGAAGUGGAACGUUUGGUGAAAAGCAGCAACACCUACAUUAAAAAGAAGGCAGCUCUUUGUGCUUUUCGAAUUGUGCGUAAGGUCCCUGAACUUAUGGAGGUUUUUAUUUCUUGUACUCGUUCUUUAUUAGGAGAGAAAAAUCAUGGUGUUCUUAUGGGUGCGACGACACUGGUCACAGAAAUGUGCGAACGUAGUCCUGAUGUGCUGAAUCACUUCAAAAAGCUGGUACCAAAUCUAGUUCGAAUCCUCAAAAAUCUUUUGAUGAGCGGAUAUUCUCCUGAACACGACGUUACUGGUAUUAGCGACCCCUUCCUCCAGGUAAAAAUUCUUCGAUUGCUGAGGGUGCUAGGAAAAGACGAUUCUAGAGCUACCGAAGAAAUGAACGAUAUUCUUGCUCAGUUAUGUUGCCUUGAAUACUUUGCUCAAAACUGUCGCCAUAGAUUACCAAGCUGUUCAAAGGCAUCGCACGACGGUUGUGGAUUGUCUCAAGGAUCCGGAUGUUUCCAUAAGAAAUCGGAAUGUGCUUCUAAGAUGUACGUCGCAACUGAGAGAUUUUCACCGAACCAUGAAUGGCAUCUUGACACGAUGAUUACUGUAUUGCGUUUGGCUGGUAACUACGUACCGGACGAAGUUGUUUCAUGCAUGAUUCAACUAAUAUCUUCCCACAGUGAGCUCCAACAUUACGCUGCCAUGCAACUAUUCCGAGCAGCCCAGCUGGAUUCGACGAACGCUCAGCCACUUCUUCAGGUUGCAUUCUGGACUAUUGGCGAAUUCGGUGAUUUGCUCCUUCAGCCUGCUGACGCAGAUUCAGCAAAGGUUGAAGAAAGUGACGUAGUGAGUGUGUUUGAAAGUGUGCUUCCAUCAACCUUGACGUCUUUAUCCACGAAAUGUUAUGCCGUUACGGCUCUGGCAAAAUUAGCUACGAGGUAUGGCCUUCUUGAGCGAAUGCCUGUUAUCACGCACAACUCACUGAACGCAGCUGCAGCACCUAUUGAGGAUGGACCAUCUCUGUUAGAGGAAGGCUCACCCACUGUGGCCACUGUUCCGGCGUCGAAUGUAGAUCUUUUGGAUCAGUUGGCUUCGUUAGAUGAGCCUAUUCCCGUUCCGACAGCUACGAAAACGAGUACAAAUAACGACUUAUUUGAUCUCAUGAGUGGCUCGACGGUACCACCGAUGCCGGUAACGAAUUCAGUGAUUGACGGGGAUUUGUUAGGAGUGUCAGUUUCUAAUCCCAUUCCAACGGUGGCCAACGAACCGGCUGAUCCUUUCGAUUUGCUUGCAGGAUUUGGUAGCACAACACGCACCUCUACAGCUCCAGCAAAUGAACGUGUUGUUGCCCUGAACAGUGCUGGAAUUGAGGCACACAUAAUGGUGUUAGGUAGUGGAUGGUCUGGUAAUACAUGCCAACUCCGGGUAGAAAUUACUAAUAAUACACCUGAAGUUGUACGAGAUUUUGCCUUCCAAGCUGCUGUCACCAAGGCGUUCACGAUUGAGCUGCAAACGCCGUCAUCAACAGUACUGGAACCAAUGGGUGGAUCAACAAUUAUUCAAGAUAUAAAAAUUACAAGGAUAUCGUCACAAGGGCAUUGCGAAUGCGUACCAGGGCACUCUACACCUCCAAAGGGACGUCUCAAAAGAUUCAAGGAGAAGUUAACCGGUUUCCGGGUCUAG